AUGAUAUUGGGACAGGCAUUGGCUGGCACUGGGUUGAGGUUCAGCGGUUCUACAAUAAGAAUCUCCUUCUGUUUAGCCAUUAUGGCCGGUGGUUCAGGACGGGUUCGAACAACUUGGCUUCUUGACGAAAUCACGCUUUCGGACCGUGAUUUGAAACCUAUAUCUACUGGAGGUAUCCCUGCCCCUGACAAAUCAGACCCUCUUGGUACCAUUUCUGCUGCACCUUGGGGCUCUACACUUAUCUUGCAGAUAUCAUACACUUACAUAGCCAUGAUGGGAUCUAAGGGACUGACUGAUGCUUCAAAGAUAGCUAUUUUGAACGCAAACUACAUGGCAAAACGCUUGGAGAACCACUACCCUGUUCUUUUCCGUGGCGUCAAUGGAACGGUUGCUCAUGAAUUCAUUGUGGACUUGAGAGGCUUUAAGAACACUGCUGGAAUAGAGCCUGAAGAUGUUGCUAAACGUCUUAUGGAUUAUGGAUUCCAUGCUCCUACAAUGUCAUGGCCUGUUCCAGGCACACUCAUGAUUGAACCCACUGAAAGUGAAAGCAAGGCGGAGCUCGACAGGUUCUGUGAUGCCCUUAUCUCCAUUAGGGAAGAAAUUGCUCAGAUUGAGAAUGGAAAGGCUGAUAUCCACAACAAUGUUCUGAACGGAGCUCAUCAUCCACCAUCUCUGCUCAUGGGAGAUGCAUGGACGAAGCCAUAUUCACGGGAAUAUGCGGCCUUCUCAGCUUCCUGGCUUCGCACUGCUAAGUUCUGGCCUACUACAGGACGUGUUGACAAUGUAUACGGUGAUCGCAACCUCAUCUGCGAAUCCGUGUGUCUUUGGGGCCGUUGAUCUGAUAUGCAUAAUCACAAAAAUACAAGUUGAAAACAUAUCGUCCACCAAAAGAAGAAAAAAGAAAAUCCCCGUUGUUUCUUUCUGGCUCAUGUACAUAAAGUAUCCACCAUUUGCAUACAUGCUCUCGGCUACAGCUGUGACCUUUUCAUUUGGUUGAUAUACUUGAUCAGCUGCUUUAAUAACAAAAAUUUGCUGCUUUUGCAACUCAAAUGCUGUAAUUAUCGUUACUCUAUUGUACACAAGCACUCUGUGUUCUUAUAAACCAACUUCAGAUUUCUU